UGGUGCUGGCGUCAGGCAGAGGGAUGGGCUGGCUCAGCUCGACCCGGCAGGGCUUGUUUACUAUGGCUGAUGAUCUGGAGCAGCAGCCUCAAGGCUGGCUGAGUAGCUGGCUGCCUACUUGGCGUCCCACUUCUAUGUCUCAGCUGAAGAAUGUGGAAGCCAAGAUCCUCCAGUGUCUCCAGAACAAGUUCCUGGCCCGAUAUGUGUCUCUCCCAAACCAGAACAAGAUCUGGACGGUGACUGUGAGCCCUGAGCAAAAGGACCGCACCCCCCUGGUGAUGGUGCAUGGCUUUGGGGGCGGCGUGGGCCUCUGGAUCCUCAACAUGGAUUCACUGAGUGCCCGCCGCACACUGCACACCUUUGAUCUGCUUGGCUUUGGGCGAAGCUCAAGGCCAACAUUCCCAAGAGAUCCGGAGGGGGCCGAGGAUGAGUUUGUGACCUCAAUAGAGACAUGGAGGGAGACCAUGGGGAUCCCCAGCAUGAUCCUCCUAGGGCACAGUUUGGGAGGAUUCCUGGCCACCUCUUACUCUAUCAAGUACCCUGAAAGAGUUAAACACCUUAUCCUGGUGGACCCUUGGGGCUUUCCCCUCCGGCCAACUGACCCCAGUGAGAUCCGUGCACCUCCCACCUGGGUCAAGGCUGUGGCUUCUGUCCUGGGGCGUUCCAAUCCCCUGGCUGUUCUUCGAGUAGCUGGGCCCUGGGGGCCUGGCCUGGUACAGCGAUUCCGGCCAGACUUCAAGCGUAAAUUUGCAGACUUCUUUGAAGAUGAUACUAUAUCAGAGUAUAUCUACCACUGCAAUGCACAGAAUCCCAGUGGUGAAACAGCAUUCAAAGCCAUGAUGGAGUCUUUUGGCUGGGCCCGGCGCCCCAUGUUGGAGCGAAUUCAUUUAAUUCGAAAAGAUGUACCCAUCACCAUGAUCUAUGGGGCCAACACCUGGAUAGAUACUAGCACGGGAAAAAAAGUGAAGAUGCAGCGGCCAGAUUCCUAUGUCCGAGACAUGGAGAUUGAGGGUGCAUCGCACCAUGUCUAUGCUGACCAGCCGCACAUCUUUAAUGCUGUAGUGGAAGAGAUCUGUGACUCAGUGGAUUGAGCUGCUCUUGCUAGAGGAAGAGGAGAAAGCCAGAGAGUUGUUCUCACCUCCCUGUCUGCUUAGUCACCCCUCUGUUCUUUCCUCACCAACUAACAUGUGCCAGCCAGGCAGAGUCUUAGGCUGUCCCCAAGAUAGGACCACCGUGAAAAAGAGCACUUCUGAUCCCAUGCUGAGGGCUGGAGGCAGAAGUCACAAGAGGCCUUGAGCUCCCCCGCCCUGGGGAAGAAUAUGAAGGGUUGCCCAGUGCCACUCCAGUCUCUCCAUGCCAAGUGUCACCCAGAUGAAAGUUGUAAAGGAAUUGCACCAAUCCACGUUGCCUCUCUAUGUGGCCUUUCAUUCCUCUGAGCAGAGGAGGUCUCCCAACAGCCUUUCCUAGCUCUGGAGUGUUUAUGGGGGUAGGUUCCAUGCAAGAACAUCUUCCCUCUCCAUCACCUCCUCACUCCUAUCCCAUGCCAACUCCAUCCAGGUUCUGGUUGGGAUCGGGUCCCACUUCACCACCAAGAGCAGGUCCUGAAGCUUUGUUCACUUCCAUGACCUCAGAAGUCAUAUCCAAAGCCCUCAAUGGCAGAGGAGGAAAGAGACCAGGGCAGGACAUGGUGACACGGCCCUGAGUGAUAAUAGUUCUGGCAGAGUGAAGACUAGAAUGCAGGUCUACUGACACACACUGCAUACUGCAGAUUCAUGGCAGACACCAAGGGGCUGGUCACUGACUGACUUCAAGCCUAUCCUUAUCCCAUAUUCUAGCCCCAUUAUGCAGACAUGCUGCUGUCCUGCCCUGUGCCUGUCCUGGCUGCCUAAACUAAGGACACUCAAGUACUUCCUUCCUUGCCCCAUCUUCUCCCUAUGGGAGACUUCUGAGUCUCCCUUUGUGCCUUGGGCGUGAAGCCCCAUGUGUAGUAUAGAGCAAAGGUGGCUCCUGGUGGAGAGAGGGAGGAAAACCCUUCACCCCAGGGCCACGUCUGGAUUCGCCAUGCCCACCACUUUUCACAGCAUUUUCUACCUGCCCCCAGAACUGAGGACCACUAAGAGCCCCUGCUCAUGAUCCACUGGGGAGCCUCAAGCCAGCAGGCCCCUGCCCUCAUCAUCCACAGGAUGGUUCUUACUGCCUGACCCUCUAUCCCUACCAUCUGUCCCCAUGGUCUCCAGCUCAUCCAGCAAAGAACCUGUCAGCUCUCUCCCAGGGGCUCAUUCCAUGUGCUGCUCUGAGGUCUGGGCAGUAGGCUGGGCCUGGCCCCAGAAGCAGGGCAGCUCCUGUCUGCUCCUUCACUUUUGUAAAGCCAACCCUUUCACCAGAAUAGUAUUAACUCCUGGUGCUGUGUACUACUGGUCCAGCUGCCUUGGGCUCCUUUUCUAUAUUAAUAAAGAAAUAAGUAAAAACUA